GAAGCUCAACGUCAGACGAUAAACUUGUGCUUCUGUCAGUCAUUGAGUACAGUGAGUGUUGUUCCAAUCCAUAUUUAAAUACAUAAAUCACGUUGUCAUUCACUCUCGACCAGGUAUACGGGGGAAGAUGGAAAAUUUUGUGACCGAAGGUAACAAGGUUUUAAUAAUAUGGUGUCCUGGAACACCGCUUGAAGAAUUGCAGGAGUUUGUUUCACAGACCAAAUCUAAGGUUGGAAACUCUGGUAGCGUUUCACUGGAGAAUUCGAAUCAGAUCAUAAAAUCAAAUCACGACGCCUCUUCUGUCGACACAAUUUUAUCAGGAUUUCUGCAUCCAAUUAUCCAUAAUAAUAUCCUCCUCGCUGAGGCACUCCGCAUUUUAUCACCUGGUGGAAAGAUUGUUAUUCAGGAGCCGGUCGUAACGCAAUCCGGUCAUCAAAAUCUCGGGACAUGUGCGGAACUGAUUUUAAAAUUCAAACUAAAUGGAUUCCUCCUAGAAUCUCCAGACUGCAAAGCUUCCGCAGUCUCAUCCGAACUUCGAAAAAGUCUUUCUGAACAAUAUAACGUAGAUGAGGUCAAAGUAUGCCAAAUUAUAGGCAAGAAACCACAAUUCGAGGUAGGUUCCUCGAUGGCCCUUCCAUUGGCUAAAUCCGCUGUAAAUGUAUGGAAACUGGAUGAUGCGGUAGAGGAAGAUUUAAUAGAUGAGGAUACUCUUUUGGAUGAAAGUGACAUUCAAAAACCACAAGUAGCUUCCCUUAAAGUUUGCGCUACAACCGGGAAGCGGAAGGCAUGUAAAGAUUGCAGUUGUGGAUUAGCCGAGGAAUUAUCGGGAGAAACUGUCACGCAGAAAGUGGAAAAAUCUUCCUGUGGAAGCUGUUAUUUGGGAGAUGCUUUCCGUUGUGCGAGCUGCCCGUAUUUAGGAAUGCCAGCUUUUAAGCCAGGAGAAAAAAUCUUGCUGCCUAACAAUUAAUGCGGAUCUUGUGUUAAACACCUAUUAGUUGAUUCUUAAUGAUGGACACCACAUUUUACGGUCGAAUUACAAACAAGAUUUUCAUUCCCUGUUUGAUUACAAUAGACAUAUAGACGAUAUCUUAUAGAUCAGAUAUAAUUAAAUUAUUGAUUAAAUAGAAGGGUUGAAAUGAAAAGAAAAAAAACCCCCCUUUUAAAAUAAACGACUGUACAAUGGAGCUGUUCCAAUAUUAUUAUUAUUAUUAUUAUCAUUGUUUUUUUUGUUUGCUGAUCUAUCAAACAUGUUAAGAGAUGUAAAACACAAAUACAAACAAUUUGAACUCAAAAUAAAAAAUGAGUAAACCAGA